CUCUCAUCUCAUCCAUACCCACCAAACUCACAUUGUUCACUUUCUUUCUCUCUACCCCAAGUCCCCAACAAACAAAACAACACCUUCUUCUCCCACCAAUUCAGUGUUAAAGCAAGCAACCAUGAGAACCAUCUCCACCACAACCACUACUACACUAGCACCCGAAGCCACCGCAUCAUUGAUGCGCUCAUCAUGGCACUCUCCGAUUCCGUACCUGUUCGGUGGCCUCGCUGCUAUGCUUGGUCUCAUAGCUUUUGCUCUGUUGAUAUUGGCUUGCUCUUAUUGGAAACUCUCAAGUCAUUUACAGAGUGAAGAAAAUGAAAACAGAGACUUGGAAAACGGUGAGAAAGAGUGUGAUUCUGCUGGUGAAAAGAAGGUCUAUGAGGAGAAGAUUCUGGUAAUCAUGGCCGGAGAUCAGAACCCGACAUUCCUGGCCACCCCUGUUUACCCCAAGUCGUUAUCUUUCUCUGAUGGGGUGAAGACCCAUCUUGAGGAAACCCCCCAAAAUCAUGAAGCUUCUGAGAAAACGCAGAAAGAAAUGGAAAACCAUCUUCAACCUGCAACACAACAACCACAAGAACAAGAAACCCAACAACAAAGCUAGCUAGCUAGUUGAUAUAUUUAUCAAUUGGCUUGCAAAUUUAACAUAGGCUAGAUUUGAGUAACAGAGUGUCUUUUGCUCUGUUUCUCACUGAUUAUUCCCUCUUGUUCUUUUUGCUUUGCUUUUUUGUCUUGGUUUUUGAGCUUGUUGGAUGGUUUGUCUUCCACUUUGAAUCGGGAAGUGUAAAUUGAAGCUGAGAUGAAUUGGAAUUGAGGGAAUUUUGUUUC